AUGUGUGAGGACUUUCUAGUUUACUUGUUUGGCUAUGGAAGCAUAUUAUGGAGACCUGGUUUCCCCUUCAUCAGAAAGUUCAAUGCCUAUAUCAAAGGCUAUAAAAGAAUGUUCUAUCAAGGUAGUACUGAUCACAGAGGUACUCCCGAUGCACCAGGUCGAGUAGUAACACUUAUCAAACAACCUGACGACUAUGAAAAGGAUGAUUGGAUCACUUGGGGAACUGUUUACUGUAUUCCUGACGAAGAGGCAGAGGUGAUACUGAAGAAUUUGGACUAUCGCGAGAAAGGUGGCUAUCAACGAAUAGAGACUGACAUAUUUAUUAAUGGCAAGGAAGGAUCGCAUGGAAAAGCGAUUCUCUAUGUAGCAACUACAUUGAACGAAGAGUACUUGGGCGAUGACACGAUGGACAACAUAGCCAAUCAAAUAUUCCGAUCAGUAGGUCCAAGUGGCAGGAACCUCGACUAUCUUCUCAAACUGGCUGCUAGUCUUAGAAAGAUGGAGGUCAGUGACGAACACGUGUUUGAACUCGAGACAAGGGUGUUGGAGAUGAUGCGCAUCCACAACAUCCCCUACCACCAUGAGGGAAAGACAAACGGCAUGACGGCCGACUCACCCCUCACUGCCACCUCAAGCAGCAGCAGUGACAUUGUUGCAUCAGAGACUCUAAUGCUUCAGAAGAAGUACUUUGUCGAACCGAAAGGAACACUGGUCAUUGAUGACGGCGCUGUUCAGGCGAUCAGUCAGCGUGCCAAGUCAUUGCUUCCGGUUGGUGUAGUACAAGUGAUUGGAGAGUUUGACUGUGACUCACUGGUAUCGAUUAUGGACUUAAAUCGCCAAGAGAUAUCCCGUGGUAUUUCAAACUACAGCAGUAAAGAGCUGUCAUUGCUCGUUGGCACUCACUCUGGUAAGAUCAUCAGUGUCCUUGGAUUCUCCAGAGGAGAGGCGGUUGUUACCAACAAGAAUUUGAUUCUGAACAAUACCUUCUUCUCAUAUCGUAUACAUAUGGAUUACUACCUAUGA